AUGCUUCUCACCUGCUUGCUGCUUUGCCGCCUGGUUUCCAUGGUAACCCGUCAGCCAACAAGCCGAAGGAGCCCGGAAAGCGAAGUGCCGAUGUCUCAGGAGGACUUGGAAGAAGAGCUCACCGUGUUCGCCGGCUCUUCGGAGGAGGUGUCUCAUGCCAAACAGCUGUGGCGCUCCCUGCUCCUCCUGCCGCCGCUGGAGUCCGCUGAUCCGCGGCACAGGCUGUCGGUGACCCGGCGGCAGGCACCAUCCUCCGGCCCGGACCUGCAGAGUGCGCCGGUUCUGUUCUCUGUCCAGCAGCAGCAGGAGGAGAGACAGCGGUUCGAGGACAAGAGGAGAGACAUCAUGUCCCUGCUGAAGAGGCAGAGAGGGAGGAGGAUCCAGAAGGAGGUGCUGUCUGGAGCUCAGAAAGCGAAGGAGAAAGUCGGGAGAGGAAACACACUGAAACCUCAGCAAGAUUCAGACUCAGAGACAGAGAGACAGCUGGUGAGACAGCUCACUAAAACACUGUCCUCAGCCCAGUUUCUGGCCCAAAAUGCUACCUCCUCCAUCCCACUGCCUCCAGUCAAUAUCUGUCUGACACCAGCGGAAGGCUCCACCCCUGCCUUCUUCUGA